UAUUGUACCUCGUAAUGUCUUUUCUAAGUGCACGUGGUUUUAAUUGUAAUUUCAAACCUCUCUCAAAUUGUGCGCAGUAUGUAUUCUACCCGCAUGGCAAUUACUGAACGCACCUUCAGUGACGACACACUAGGAACUCUCGAGUUCUAUCAGCCUAUCAAAUUAAAUUGAAUUGUAACAUUUUGAAAUAAUGUUCCUAACAGAAACAGGCUACCAACUCGAAAACUUUGUGUGUCUAACGUACUGAAGAGAUAAGCUGGUUUCAUUUACAAAUACAGUUGCCCGCUAAAUAACAUUCAAGAUCCAUUGUAGACGGAAAAAAUUGACUACACAAUUUCGACAUUCUUAAGAUUUAUCGUAGCAGUAUUCGAUAUCGCAAAUAGCUUCAAUAAUGGCUGUAUCAUCAGAAAAUGUAAUGAACCCAAGUCUAAAUGAUCCCGUAACAAAAGCAGUAGUGGAUAAUAUAAUGGGUAAUCUACCCACAAAGAAACCUUUUGUUCGUUGUGAUGACUGUGAUCUAUCAUUUACAAGUCAAACAGUGUUAGAUACACAUUUACAAGGUGCCAGGCAUGCUAAACAGAUUAGAUCCAAGAAUAUAAUGGCAUCUCUUGAAGAAACAAAAGUGGCAUUUACAAAAGAUGAGGAAACGAAUGGAUUAAAAUGUAAUGUGUGUAAUGUGUGCCUGAACUCUAUACAACAAUUACAGACACAUUUAAAUGGGAGCCGGCACAAAAAAAAAGCAAUGAGAGGUGAGUGGGGAGGCAAGGAUGUUGGAAGUCCAAUGACAUCAACUCCCACAAAUGCCCAGGACAACUCAACAUCGAAAAGUGUAUCACUUUCAUGCAACAUGUGCAACAAGAUUUUUAAUUCCCCAACGCAGUACAAUGUGCAUAUAACAUCGAAGAAACACACUAGUAAGUUAAAACAGGCAAAAAUUCAAAAGAAGAAAAGGCUCUUUCCAUAUUGGAAAAAACCUAAACCUGGUGCAAAUCCCAAAAAUCUUGUUCAGUCAUUGUCAAAUAAUUUUGUACCAGGAGGUUUCACAAAUCAAACUUAGAAAAAAAAAAUAUUACAAUCAAUAUAUCUAUUUUAAUACAUAUACAAAUUUUUUACUUCUGUACAUUGUAUUCUUUGAAGAGCGAACGAGAAACAAUUUAAAAAUCAUUUCAUAUAAGAUGCCAAUUUAAUAUUUAAUUUAAUGGAACAUUCAUGAUUUGCUAUGUACUCAAUUUUACACUUCCCCUUUGCGCACUUUUGUUGUUCUAUGUCAUGUAACAUAUUAAAAAAGGAAAACUGCUAAUUAGUAUGAUUUUUGAUAAAUAUAUUUAAUGAUUGAUGAAAACAUUAGAAAUCAAUCAUGUAAUGUAUGUGUUACCUAUUUUAGACAAUGAAAUAUGUUUCAAGCAUUUGUAAUACCUUUAUUAUUAGAUGAAGUGACACAAGGAGAUACUGAUGUACUGUAUGA